AUGAAAAGUUUAUGUGACCAGCCGGAAACAGGUGGUGGUCAAGAAAUAGCCACUUCAAUGCUCACAAUAGCUACAAUAUCAUCCUCCACAACAAGCUGCACAAGCCUUACCAAUGACGGGACAUCGAUCACAAAAGCAUCGUCGGAUGAGGAGACAUCGUCAGCUUUAGCGUCGUUUUCUCACUCGUCCAGUUCCUCAUCCACUGCACCUCCAGAACCUACAGCACAGGAACUUCCGGAACUUGAAGACUGGCACAAAUACGCGCGUCCGCUGAAACGUCAAACUCCGCAUAAUGCAACCAUUGUGCUGGACAACAACAUCACGGUUAUUAGUAAUUCUCUGUUUAUCCAAAGCAAAAACUUCCUUCAUAUUCGCUCUCUGUGUGAGGCGGAAGUACUCGAAAAGUAG